UCAUUUAUUCUUUCGGUUUCAUCUCUCGCUGGAGAAUUGCUCAACAAAAUGACAUAAAUAUCCUUCAGUUUUUUUUAUACAGAUGCUUGGAGGACUACUAUACUGUAAACUAUUUCUUAGGCGUAUCAGUAUUUAUGAAACGAUUUCCCAAUGUCUGAAUGUAGGAAGAAAUUUAAAAGUGACGUAUCAAAUGCCAUUUCUUUAAUAGAAAAAUAUUCAUGGAGUUUUAAAGAUUUUAGUAAUGAAGGAGAAAUUUUGUCUUUUUGCUGGUUUGGAAAAAAUAGUGUUCAUUAUACUCUGUGUAUAUCCGAUGAAUAUCCAAAAAAUUCUAUUUUAACCAACAUGGAAGACAAUACAACUGAAGUGGUGGAUAGACCAGUACAUAAUAUUUUACAGAAGCUAAGAUCAGAUAUAUUAGAGCAGGAAAAAGAUACGCUAGUCCCAGAAUGUAAACCUACUGUGGACAGAUUGAUCAGUAAAGAAUCUGAUCUGUCUGAGUAUUUAGACUGUAAUUCUGGACAGGAAACAGAUGAUUAUGACGAUUACUAUGGUGAUUCUACACGCUUUGAGGAGUCUGAUGAAGAAGGUAUUAAAAUUCACCCAUUGUUAUUAAAAGAUAUAGAACAAGUUAAAUUUCUGUAUGGUGAUAAAGCAGUGAAUUACAGACUGUUUGUACCUAUAGAAGAAAUAGAUGUGGAGUUGAACAUUCCAGUUUCUUUCUUAGAUAGAGAGGUUGCUAAUGCCUGGAAACUUGACAGGGAUGUCCCACUGAUAGUUUUAUUACAUCUUUCAUCUCACGACUACUUAAAUUAUGAUGCAGCACCUGGAGUUGAAGUUUUUCAAGGGUCAAAGAAAGAAAAAUCUUGUGUGGGAAUACAAAUGGCAAAGAUAAUGGAGACAUUUUUAUUAGAGAAUUGGAAAAAAACUUCUAAUUCUUUAGUUGAUUCUGCUGUAUGUAAGUCUGUCAGUGUACCAGUAGGUUUAUGUCAUAUGACAGAAAAACAAAGCAAAGCAAUAAGUGAAGAAAUCAGGGAUGAUGAUUAUGACAAAAUGUAUGUUGUUGAUGAUCAUUCCUUGUCUCAGAUAGUAGAAAUGGGCUUUUCCGUUGAUUUAGCUAGAAAUUCACUGAUUAUUGCACGAGGAAAUGUGCAGGACGCUUUAAACUUUCUUGUAACAAACACUGACAGUCAUGGUGAUGUUGAAGGUAUUAUUGAAGUUCAUACAGAUAAGAAAUCAGAACUCCCAGCUAGACAAACAUCCUACCCUUCAUUUAAACGCUACAAGAGGCAAUAUAAAAAACAGAAAUCUACAUCUAUGGUGACGUCUGUUACUACUCCUAAUUUACAAUCCAGUGCCCCAGUAGAAGAUCUUACUCUGUUGCCCUCUUCAACAAUCAAGGGACUUAACUCAAAGAAUAUGCCUACCUUAGAAAAUGGAUUCCUUGUUCAAAUAUUCCAAUAUGCCAGACAAAGAAUUCCAACUUUAAAUGAAUAUUGUGUUAUUUGUGAUGAACCCCAUGUCUUUCAAAAUGGAGCUAUGUUAAAGCCUGCUGUGUGUUCAAGAGAGUUGUGUGUGUUUUCAUAUCAGACUUUAAAUGUGAUGAGUGAUGCUGCUGCUGAUAUAGCUACAGGAGCUGAGGUUGUUGAUUUAUUAGUUACCAUGACAAAAGCUGCCUGUAAACAUAAUCGUAAAGCCACCAUAUUUGAUCCGUAUCCAACUGUUGUUGAUCCAAAAAAAUCUACAGAAUUGGCUCUAAAUCCAAAGAGUAAAGACUAUGAUAAGGUGGAGCAAAUACUGAAAGUGAUUCCUGAUAUGAACACUAUCUCUAGAUUUUCUGGUGCUGAACUCAAGUCAUGUUUAGAUGGUCAUAAUAUACUAGCUUAUCCUUUGUUACAGUGGAUUAUUGGUAGUAAUAGAUCUCAUAUAGUAAAAUUACCACUUGAUAGAAGAAUUCUCUCUAUGGCUACACCACAUCAAUUUUUACUACUGAGCAGUCCACCAGCCAAAGAAGCCAAAUUUCGAAACUAUAAGGAAAAAUUUGGCAGCACUUACGCAUUUCAUGGUUCAAGUAUAGAGAAUUGGCAUUCUAUAAUUAGGGAAGGAUUAAUUGUUGCUUCUGGUACAGAUAAACAGUUGAAUGGUUCAGCAUAUGGUAAAGGUAUAUACCUGAGUCCAUCUUCUUCUGUAUCAUUUGGUUAUUCUAGAAUGGGAUAUGGAGCUUAUGACACCAAGAAAAAAACUACAGAUCAAAAGAAAAAUUUAAGAUUUCUCACCAGUCAAAAUAUUACUUGUAUAGCUUUGUGUGAAGUAAUAACAUCACCAGAUUUAAAGAAGAAUAAUAAUAUAUGGGUAGCAUCGAAUAGUGAUCAUGUUUGUACAAGAUUCUUCUUUGUGUAUGAAGAUGGUCAAGUAGGGGACAAUCAGAUAAACACACAAGUGUCUAAAUAUAAAAAAGAAAUAGCAUAUGCUGUUGGUGAAGGUAGUUUUUUUAGAUGAUGACUUGUAAAAACAUUUUAUCAGUGAUGACAACCAAAAAAGUAUUUCUACUUAUUUAUGCAAAAACAAUUAUGCUUUACAAUGAGUCAUCCAUGGUGAAGCAAGUGAAGAAGAUAUACAUUCACUGCAUCUUUCCUUAAAGUAACUUUCAUCCAAAAUCUUUGACAUUGAAAACACUAAUUAUUUGUCAAAUUUAAAUCAACAUUGAUGUUGUGAUCUUACUGGGAAAAGAUGGGCUUCUGAUUUCCAAUAUUUAAGACAAACAUUUUACCAUUGGUACACGAAUCGUGUAUCAUAAAGCGUUUCAGAGCCAUUUGAAACCAGGGACUUGAAGAAUGAGGUUAGACAUAUUCUAUAUGUCAUGUCAAACGGUGACUGCCAUUUGAUUAAGACUUUUGGCGUAUUUCGCCAAACAUAAUUGAUUUGAAAUUAGAGUAAAAACAGAAACAAUUGAAUGUAAAUCAGUUUAUAUACAUUCAUAUUACAUUAUUAUAUGUGUUGUGACCCAUUUGUGUCGAUUUCUACGUCCCAAAUAUUAGCUAUCUAGCUCCUUUAAAGGAAGAAUGAUAUGUCAUGGUUGAGAUAGAAAAUCAUGUUAAAUGCCUAUUCUCUAGUAAUAUGAGGCAUAAAAAACAUGUUGUGGACUUCAGUUAAGAUGCUAUAUUUUAAAGUAGCUAAGCCUCUAACUCAAUAUCAUCCAAAGUCUUCGACAUUGAAAACACAAAUUAUUUGCCAAUUAUUUGUUUAAAUGUUGUGAUCUUACAUGGAAAAGAUGGGCUUCUGAUAUCCAAUAUUUAAGACAAAUAAACAUUUUACCAUUGGUACACGAAUCGUGUACCAUAAUGCAUUUGAGUGCCAUUUGUAACUAGGCUAGACAUAUUCCAUAAGUCAUGUCAAAUGGUGAUGAUAUAUUCUUAUCUGGAGAGAAUGCGCAAUAAAUACUAUCGGUGUAGACUGGAAUAACCAGACGCUAGAAAAUGCCAUUCAAUUAAGACUUCUGACAUAUAACUGAUUUGAAAUUAAAGAGUAAAAAUGGAAACGAUUGAAUGUAAAUCAAUGUAUAUAUACAUUCACAUUACAUUAUUAUAUGGGCUGGAACCCUUUUGUGUCAAUUUCUAGGACCCAAAUAUUAGCGAUUUAGCUCUUUUAAUAUAAGUACAUCAAAACUUCCUGUACUCUAACCUAGGAGAUUUAUUGUACAAUCAGGACUAGAGUUCCACCCAAUAUGUACAAUAAUAAAUUCAUUUAAAGCAUAAUAAAAAAGACAUCUCAUUUUAAUGAGAAUAACUAUUCAAUAGCAGUCAUUCUGUGUGGGAAUCCCUGUCUACUCAUUAUUUAGAUAGAAAACAAUGAAAUUAACUAAUUCAGGCUAGUGUAGUCAGUUUGUAAUCCGUAACCAUGAGUUGCUUGUAUUACAAAGAAUGAGCUGUAAAACUUGGUGGUAAUUUCACCGAAUUUCUUUACAGGCCCCCCCACUAAUAAUUUGGCCGCAAGUUCUCUUUUCUCCAGGUUAUUGCGGCCCCUGGACCCUUGCCUAUAAGGACCCAGGAUGGAAGCCCCCCCAAUCAAGAAUUGCUUCCGCCGGCCCUGCUCUAUAUUGUUCACUUUGGUACAUUUUGAACAGGCUAUAGUUAGAUAAAAUCUAAAGUUGUAGUUUAAAAGUCGACAUUAAGUAAUAUAUUCAUACUGCACAUUAUGUCACUCUAAUGAUGUAUCAUUACAUUACACAAUGUCAUGUUUAAGACUUCUAAACAACUUAAAAUACAGAAACACUAUCCUGUAAGUACAUUUAUAUGAAAUCAUCACAUGGGACCAAUAUUUAUAUAAAUAAUGUCCCCGUAUCAUUUGAAAUAAUGGCACGCCAACAUCAAAGGAUGACAUCACAUCUGUAUUUUAAGUACAAUGAAUAUGAAGUUUUAAUGACUUGCUAAACCUCUUUGAUUUUGAUUAAGAUAAUGUAUUGAAUUGAGUGGAUCUGGUGUGUUAUUUAGUAAUUGUGGUGAGCUCGAGGCACUAAAUUUUUGUUUUAAACAAUUAUGCAGGAUUUUGAUUUUGUUUAAUUUUUGUUUUACCAUUGUUGAUAGUGGAACACAUGACCUGCUAUAUCUCAUUACUAGUUUUAUCCAUAGAUAUAAAUUAUCAAAGAAGACACCACAAAAAAAUCUAGUCAACAGAAGAUAGAUUUUAAAAAAAAAAGAUAAAAUUAUAGCAUACAAUGUUUUCAGUUUAAACAAUAGUGGAUCAAAUACUUAUAACAUCUGGGAUAAUUUUUUAUGGAUGUACAAAUACAUGUAUAACAUCAAAAAUUGUUGGUAUACUUAAUAUCAUUUUAGCACUAAAAAUAAAAAUUAUGAAAUCUUGAUAGUUAAUAUCAUUAUAACAACACUAAAAACAAAAAAAUAUCUCAUUACACAAACUACCUUGAUAAUUAAAACUCUCUGUAUAAACUUAAUUUAAGCUUAUGAAAUCCAAUGAAAUCAAUAAUUUUAUUUUGACCCAAAUCAAAGGUUCAGGUUGUCUGUAUCCACUGAGUUAUAGAUUGUGUCUUCAUAUCCGUUGCAUAUAUCCAGCGAUUACACUAUUUUGCCUUAUUACACUAUUUUGCCUAUACCGUUUUUUUAGGACUUUGAAUUUUGUGUAAUAGUUUGGAUAGUUCGUACUUGGUUUUAUUUUAUUUAUAUACCGUGUACUGGCUGAUAAUAUAGAGUGUGUAAAUAAUACGCUUGAAAAGAUAUGACCUCGUCGAUUUGGGUGAAAAGUAUCGAUAUAAUUAAAUCUGAUGUGUUGCAUUGCUUUUCUAAUUAGAUAUCUGUCUACAUUUAAUAUUCUCAGUCCACAGAUAGAACCAAUGUUGAGAUUAAACUGAUCAGGUGUUCAACAAUUAUGACAAAAGCAAAGCAAAAACAAGAGAGCAAACUUAUCAGAUCAACUGAAUUCAACAAUUAUCAUGAGUUAAUUCCGAGAGGUUAAUCAGCUCCUUCAAAAUAUUCACCUGUUCAUAAAAGAAGUAUAAACCAUUAUGGUUGCUCUUUACCUUUUAAAGAAAUUUGAUAUUUUAUAAGUUUUUGCUAUGUUUAUUAAUAUUAUUAUGCCUUUUCAAGUUAUGGAUUUGGAAUAAUAUUUCUGGGAGAACUUUGAUCCAAUCAAGGAAGCUACACUUUUUAUAUAUAUAUAUUCUAGUUUGUUAUAAACUAUGUAUAUUGUGUAUGAUAGAUGUUUUUAUUUUGGACAUGUGAUAUUGUUAAGUUUUAGUGAUUUUAUUUCUUGUUGUCACACUACCUGGGAAUUGUUGGUGCAUUUGUACAGAUUAAAGUAUGUUUAUAAUUUUAUGUUGUUAAGUUAGCUAUGAAGAAGUUGAUUAACCCAAAGAUUGUGUAAGCUAUAUAUAUAGUUUUUACGAUUUAUAAGAAAAAUAAUAAUGACCAGUCCAAGAAUUACAGCUUAGAAAAAAGCCCUAAAAAAAAUAGGAUUUUGUUACUUGUUUAUUUUCAGAAAUCAUAUCACAAGUAAAUAAAUGAAUAAGAUUAGAGGUUGUGUGCAUUUUGAUGUUCUUUAAAUGCCCAUUCCUUGUGAACAGUCAUCCAAUGUUUGGCUGUUACAUUGGCACCAGUUUUGGGGUGGUUUUUUUCAAAUUUCAAAAAUCCUUCCUAUAAAAGUAAUAAAUGCUGAUUUCGUUAAGUUAUCAGUUUCAAUGAUUGAGCAAUAGAGCAAUGUUCACAAAAAUAUAUAAUUGUAAACUUAUAAAUUGUUGUGUACCAGUAUAUAUUUUCUUGGUAAUGGUUUUUCGGCGGUAGUGGUUUUACCAUUAUGUGGUUGAAAUAUUACCAGAAUUAUAAAUCUAAAAAUUGUAGUUAUCUUUGCAUAUUCAGAAUCCAGGCAUACGUAAUUUACCAGGUCUAUCUACAUUUAGCUAUACUUGAGAACAGACACAAAGCCAGUUGACAGACAUUUUAAUUCCCAUUUUGACGAUUUUAUGAAAAUAUUUAAGACACGGAUUAGAACUGCAUAAUUUAUCAGUAACUUUUUUUUCAUUAUGGCAACCAUUCAGGGCAGAAAUUUCUCAAGUAGAUAGUUCUCUGUUUGCAGAAUCGAUUCCGGGCCUGCAACUUCGAUAUUUCAGAUUUAUUAUUUUCAACAUAUCUUUUAAAGAUAUUUAAUCUCAAAUUUGGAAAACUGAAUUUCUAAAAAACAGGGGUUUUUUUAAUUUGUAAUAUUUUUUUAUAUAAUUUUAAUAGUAGUUGGAAUUGAUAAAAAAAUAUCAGCUAUAUCUGAAUUUUUAAGUGGGAACAAAAGUGAAGGAUUUUAGCAAAACAUUUUAUUUUAUGUUUUAUUUUUUUUUUACAUAUAGCUGUAAAUCUAGAUACAUGUAACAGUUAAAAUGUUUUAUUUGUUCUGGAGGUGACCAGUAAAACCCCAUCAUUUUACAUCACAGAUUGUGUUAAAAUAUGAGGUCCAUCAAACAUACCAUUCCAGAAUAAUGCAUGUGUUUUAAAGUAGACAUUUAUGGCCAAUAAUUUAAUACAAAUUAGGAGUAUCAAAGAAUAUUUCUUCAGAAAUAAUCUUUUACAUUUAGCUCUGAUGUAAUGUGCAUGUCCUUUAAAUUCAUACAUUAUGUGAUCUGCAAAUUGAUUUUACAUCAUAAUAUAUUCGAGUGACUUUGUAUAAAAUUUGUUGUUUAAUAAAUGAAAAAAAAAAUCA